AUGAGGGACACCAAUGAAAUGGAAGUAUUUUCAACACCUGAAACUCACCUCGGAUCCAUCGUCCAGAAUUGGACCUUGUUCAGGCCGGAUUUUUCCAUCAAUGACGCACAAGGAAACACAGUUUUCAAAAUCACCGGCCCGUUUUGCACUUUCUCACUCUGCGGCGAAGUGGAAUUUUCCAUAUUCUCGGCAAGGAAUGGAGAGGAAAUUGGCAAAAUUAGCAAACAAUGGUCUGGACUCGCCGCAGAAGCAUUCACUGACGCCGACAACUUCGGAAUAGUUUUUCCCCAUGAUCUGGAAGUUGGCAUGAAAGCUGUUCUUCUUGCUGCUUUGUUCCUUAUAACCCAGGCAACGAGAUUUCAACAAAGAAUGCACCAGAUCAACGAACGUUUCACACACGAACUCUUCACUAUAUAA